AUGUCUGGACAACCACCAUCCUCUCCGGCCCAGCCUGGCGCCACUCGCGUCCCAACUCCACUGGAGUGCAACUUCCUCGUGGCCAUUGUCAAGAACAGUGAUGGAGUCACCAACAUCGACUGGGACGCCGUGGCCAGCGAGGCCGGCUACAACAACGCCGCCACAGCCCGUGUCCGCUUCGGCCAGGUCAAGAAAGCCCUCGGCUGGACAGUCCGCGUCGUCGGCUCCAAGGGCAGCCCAAUCAAAAGCCCCACCAAGGUCGAGAAGAAGCCUGCCAAGCCCAGGGCGGCCCGCAAGCCAAAGGCCUUGACGAAGAAGCAGCAGGAGGCCUUGGCUGCGGCUGUGGAUGAUGACUCCAAUGACAAUGAGCAGGAGGAUGCUGAUGUCUACAAGGAGGAGGAUGAUGCCAAUGGCCACAAGAAGGAGUUUGGCAAUGGCUACAAGCAGGAGCAUGACGAGGUUGUCAAGACCGAAGACGUCGAUGAGGAUGCCGAUACGGCGGUCGAGGAGGAGGAGUACGCCUCCGCUGACGACUAUGCCUGA